UUCGAGGCAUUCGAGAUGGGGACGAUACCGAGACGGAAAGAUAUCCCCCCGUGGGUGAAAGUCCCCGAGGACUUGCGAGAUCCGGAGGUGCUGCAGGUCCAGACGGCGCUGCUGGAAGCCAUGUUUGGCCCCGGAGGAUCUCGAAUCCCAUACAUCGAGCAAGUGAGCAGAGCCAUGCUCGAGCUGAAGGUUCUGGAAUCCUCGAACCUCACCGAGGUCGUGGUUUACGGCAAUUACUUGUACAAGCUCCGAACCAAGUGGAUGCUCCAGUCCAUGGCCGAGAGGCACCGCCUGAGGCAGGAGCGGGUACUUCGUGAUGGCGUCUGCUUUGUGGACCAACAAAUGUGGAACCUCAAAUUGCCCUCAGCUAGUGCACCCUUCAGAGUCAGUGGGCAAUGA